GAGGCGGUUUGGGGUGUCAGUGACAUGGGGAACUCAUCAAGCCAUCUCUCCAAACAGCUCAUUAAUGAAUAUCAGGAGCUGACAUACCUGACAAAGCAAGAGAUAAUCUUAGCUUAUAAAAGAUUCAGUGAAGUUGCCCAAAAAGACAACAGAAGUAACAUUGAGUCUUUGCGAAUCCCUAAAGAAAGAUUUCUGAAUUUGCCUGAACUAAAGGCAAACCCAUUCAAUGACCGAAUAUGCACAGUUUUCUCCACGUCAGAGCAAGAAGAUGGGAGCAUGUCCUUUGAAGACUUCUUGGACAUGCUCAGUGCCUUCAGUGAAUCUGCGACACUUGAAGUUAAAUCCCAUUAUGCCUUCAGAAUAUUUGAUUUUGAUGGUGAUGGCGCAUUGAAUGAAUCCGAUUUGGAGCAUCUAGUAAACAAGCUGACUGGAGACAAAGACGAUACUAAACUGAGCAACAGUGAAAUGAGGCAGCUAAUUGCAAAUAUCUUGGAAGAGUCAGACAUAGAUAAAGAUGGCACCAUCAACCACUCAGAAUUUCAGCAUGUCAUCUCCAGAUCUCCUGAUUUUAUCAGCUCCUUCAAGAUUAUGCUGUGAGAGAUCCAUUGCCAACAAACUCUUUCAACCAUAUAUACCUCUGAGCUCAUUUAAUCCAGCAACAGACUGAUUGCAGCUUUGUAAGAGGUGGAAAGAAACCAUUUCUGUGUCUGUUCCAUUUCCGUUUGUGAUUUUAGACGUUUCAGAUUCAUCGUAAGGCUGUUUAAGCUGGGUGCUUCUCUUCUAGCCGGCAUUAAUUACAAAUAUUUCUGGAAUAUGAGACCCAAUGCAGUGUAAUUGGAAUGAAAGGGAGACAAACGGUGAAUGUGAGAUUUUCUUCAAAAAUAUUUAUCAUUUUAAAAGCUUUUUGAAUUUCAUUUUGCAUAUUUUUUUUUCAUUUCUAAUUGUGUAAAAAUCUGCAUGCACUUCCUGUUUGUCUUACAGAACAGGAUAUUUAAAUGGAUUUAAUACUUGUUUUAAUAAAAUAUUUUAACUGUA